GCUGAGGAGGGGCCUACAUGGGCCUGAAACGUGUACAAAAAACAGGUACAUAUCAACUAAAAAUUGAAUAAAAUUAAAAUGAAGAUUGCCUAGUGUUCAUGUAUUUACACUAUAUGGUGUUCAAAAUGACAAAAGUAAUCACUGACACAGUUUCAAGAAUGUAAAAAAAAUUUUUUAGUUUUAUUUUUCACCAAAAAACAAUCAUGCCACAAUUACAAUUGUAAAUUUCAACCUGUUUGUAUUUGCUUUAGUUAUUUGUCGAAACCGUGUCUUCUUUUUCUUGUUUCUUCUAAUUCUAUGUCACGACUUGGACCCGAAUAAGACCCGUCGUCGACUUCAAAAACUCAACCCUAUAUAAUUUAGAAAAAUACUUAAAACGUGAAUUACAAAAGUACAGUAAUUUGGAAUACUCCAUCAAGAACGCAGACGAACUUAUACAUGACAUGAAAAAUAUAAAAAUGAGCAAAAAUUACAGACUUGCAAGCCUAGAUAUAAAAAACAUGUACCCUUCGAUAACCUGGAAUCUAAUAGAAAGUACACUAAAAAAGAUUGAAGCAAAGGAAGAAGUAAUGGAUCUAAUAGAAUUCGUAUACAGGAGCAACUAUUUCGAAGUCAACAAUAAGUUCUACACGCAACAGACAGGCAUAAGCAUGGGAUCAGUUAUAGGCCCGAAGCUAGCAGAACUUGUCAUGGUAGAUAUAGACCAAGCAAUCAAAAAGUUUACAGGCAUAAAGUUCUAUAAACGAUACGUGGAUGACAUAAUUAUACUAUACGACCAAGAAUUAACAAAAUUAGAAGAAAUAGAAGAAAAAAUAAACAAAUUAAACGAUAACAUCAAAUUCAAGGUAGAAAAUGAGGCAAACACAGAAAUAAAUUACCUCGACAUAAAAAUAAUCAGGAAAGAAAACAGGAUCGAAUUCGAGCCAUACACAAAACCAUGCGAGAUCAGGAAAGUGCUAAACUACAACUCAAACAUCCCGCAGUACAUAAAAGAAAACAUAUUCAUCAUGGAAUAUAAAAAGAUCGAGAACAGAACAAGCUCACUACCGACGAAGGAAAAACACCUCAACGAACUGCGAACAAAAUUCCUAUUAAACGGCUAUCCGAAACGAAUGCUAAACAACUGGGAAAGGAAAAUGAACAACAAAAGGCUGGAAAAUAAACAAAACAAAAGAAACACAGUAAGAUACAUACCCUUCCCUUACAUCCAUGGCUUCUUUGAACAAGUAAACAAAAGUUUUGAUAAAAUAAAUAUAAAGCUAGCCCCAACCUAUAACAACUUACAAAAAAGAAUCCGGAAAACUGUACCUAACAGAAAUAAACAAAAAAACAAAUACAGCACUACCGAAGUCGUCUAUAAAAUACCUUGCACAUGCAAACCCCCAAAAGUAUACAUCGGUGAAACAAAAAGAAAAUUAGAAACAAGAUUAAAAGAACACAUCGCAGACCUGAAAUAUAACAGAAUCAACUCAGUUUUUUACGAACACUGCACGACCCACAACUGCAAAAUAGAUAAGAAUCAUGCAACAAUAGUACACAAAGAAAAAAACUGGUACAAAAGAAGAUUCAAAGAAAGCUACGAAAUUACUAUAGACAAAAAUAAUAUUAACAAGAACCUAAGCAUCGACAUCCAUAAAAACUGGCUUCAAUUAUUAAAAUAAAAUAGAAUGUUUAUACAGUCGCAGGCGAGACUGUGUGCAACACUCGGCGAAGGGUAACGUUACAAAU